AUGGCGGCGGCGUCGUCUACGCGACUCCCAAGCUUCGUCGGGGAGCUAGGCCGCGGCUCCCCUCAUGGCAACGGGGCCCGCCGGAAGACGACCGGGCGCCCCUGCCGCUCCCGGCACUCGGCCCCGGGCGGCAGAGAAGCCCUGGAAGCAGAAAGCGGCCCCGCACCCGCCGACCCGCCUUCCUCCGCGCUCCAGCGGGGGGAAGUGGACUACCGCUCCCAUAAGGCCCCGCGCGGGAGGCCGCGAUUGGCUCGUCGGCGCGCGGGGCCCGCCGGGAAAGCGAGGACGGGCGGGAGGUUCCAGAGAGCGCCUCUGCUCCCGUCGGCCCUUGCGCGGCUGGAGGGGCGCCCGCCGAGUGGGGGGGGGCGUUUCCCUCCAGGCCCCUCGCAAGCCCCGCCCCGCCCCCUCCGGCCGGAGCGGAGCCCCCCAUCAGCCCCCCCGGGACCCCCGCCUGCUUUCUGCGCUGCGGGCGAGGGCCGUGCGGGGGGAGGGGCCCCAGUAGCCAGGCAGCCCCCCAGGAGGCCGCCCCCCCCUCCGUCCCCUCGGCCCUCCCCCCGCCCGCCGCCCCGCCCCCCGCCCCCCCCCUCGCGCUGCUCCGGCCUCGCCAGGCGCCUCCGCCCGCUGCUCCCUCAGGCCGGCACGGAGGGAAGAGACGGAGACGGAGACGGAGGGAGGGAGGGAGGAGGGCGGCGAGAGCGGCGGCGGCGGCCUCUUCCAGGCGCAGCGCACGGAGGCGGCCUGGGCGCGCCUGUUGCUGGGGAGGCUCGGCGAUCGCUCGGCCCCUCCGCCCGCGCCAUGUCCCGCUCCGGCCGCCCGCGAGACUACAAGUGCGGAGACCUGGUCUUCGCCAAGAUGAAGGGCUACCCGCACUGGCCCGCCCGGAUUGAUGAGAUGCCGGAAUCAGCUGUGAAAUCAACUUCCAACAAAUACCAGGUCUUUUUCUUUGGAACUCAUGAAACGGCCUUCCUGGGUGCCAAGGACCUCUUUCCCUACGAAGAGUGCAAGGCGAAGUUUGGCAAAGCCAGCAAGCGGAAAGGGUUCAGCGAAGGCCUGUGGGAGAUCGAGAACAACCCCACCAUCAAGGCCUCGGGGUACCAGCCGGCUCAGAAGAAGCGCCCCCUGGAGGAAGGCAAGGCCAAGGAGGAGCCGGAGGCUGGCAGGAAAGGGAGCCCGGAAGACAGCAGCCCCGAGGAGGAGGAGGAGGAGGAGGAAGAGGGGGACCUGGUGAUUGAUGAGCAGGUCAGGGAGAAGAACCAGAAGGCUGCCCACAAGAGGAGGGCCCCGGAGGCCCCGCAGGAUCCCUCCCCCAAGCGCAUGAAAGACGGGGAGGACCAGGCGGAGGCAGCUGGGAAGAAGCCGGGCUGCGAGGACGCGGCCCAGAAAGCCGGGAAUCAGAAGCCGGUUCUGCUGCAGCCAGGGGGCGAGGGGAAGAACGGCGGGGGUGGCAGCCCCCCCAUCGACGUGCUCGGAGGAGACGAGAGAAAGCAAAAGGCUGCCCAAGAGGAAGAGGAGGAGGAGGAGGAGGAGGAGGAGGAGGAAGAAGAGCAGGAAAGCAGAGAUCAUGAGAAGAGCCCGUAGCCGGCCCUCUGCUCUUCAGCCCCCUCCGGCCUCUGGGUUUCCCUGGUGCUGCCAACCAGAUUGCAUCGUCCCCUCCUUCCGUGGCGCUGGCGGGAAGGGAGCGCGAUCCAACAUUUCCACCCCAGGAACAG